GUAAGUGACGUAGUACGCGAACGCUACUUCUUCAUUUAAAGAAAACCAUUUGGAGAGAUCUAUCCUGAAUUGUUCAACCUUCAAGCAAUCGAUUUUCAAGUCUUGGGUUAGUUUAGCAAAAAAGGAUGGGAGGUGGAUUUAGAGUGCUUCAUCUGGUUCGACCUUUUCUUUCUUUCCUGCCCGAGGUUCAGAGCGCAGAUAGGAAAAUUCCAUUUAGAGAGAAGGUCAUCUACACUGUGAUAUCUCUUUUCAUUUUCCUGGUUUGCAGUCAGUUGCCAUUGUAUGGCAUACACUCCACAACAGGUGCGGAUCCAUUCUAUUGGAUGCGUGUAAUUCUUGCCUCGAACAGGGGAACCGUUAUGGAGCUUGGUAUCACGCCUAUAGUGACAUCUGGACUAGUUAUGCAACUUUUAGCGGGUUCAAAGAUCAUCGAAGUUGAUAACAAUGUCCGAGAGGAUCGAGCCCUGUUGAAUGGUGCACAGAAGUUAUUAGGCAUCUUGAUAGCAGUUGGUGAGGCUGUUGCAUAUGUUCUGUCAGGCAUGUAUGGCAGUGUUGGUCAACUUGGAGUUGGAAAUGCAAUCCUUAUUAUUCUUCAGCUCUGCUUUGCUGGCAUCAUUGUAAUUUGUCUGGAUGAACUUCUCCAAAAGGGAUACGGUCUGGGGUCUGGAAUUUCACUCUUCAUAGCAACCAAUAUUUGCGAAAGCAUCAUCUGGAAAGCUUUUAGCCCAACCACCAUCAACAGUGGACGUGGAGCUGAAUUUGAAGGCGCUGUUAUUGCAUUGUUCCAUUUGUUGAUAACUCGAACAGACAAAGUACGCGCUCUGCGAGAGGCAUUCUACAGGCAGAACCUUCCAAAUGUUACAAACUUGCUUGCUACCGUCUUAGUCUUUCUCAUUGUCAUCUACUUUCAAGGGUUCCGUGUGGUUUUGCCUGUGAGGUCGAAGAAUGCUCGUGGGCAACAGGGUUCAUAUCCAAUUAAGUUGUUUUACACUUCCAAUAUGCCCAUUAUUUUGCAGUCUGCACUUGUAUCCAAUCUUUACUUCAUUUCCCAGUUGCUGUAUAGGAGAUACGGUGGAAAUUUUCUGGUGAACCUCUUGGGGAAGUGGAAGGAAUCUGAAUAUUCUGGCCAGUCUGUCCCUGUUGGUGGUCUUGCAUAUUACAUAACUGCACCAUCAAGCUUGUCGGAUAUAUUGGCCAAUCCGUUCCAUGGACUAUUUUAUAUUGUAUUUAUGCUGUCAGCAUGUGCUUUGUUCUCAAAAACGUGGAUUGAGGUCUCAGGAUCCUCUGCUAGAGAUGUGGCUAAGCAGCUAAAGGAACAACAAAUGGUGAUGCCUGGACAUCGGGAAUCUAAUCUACAGAAGGAGCUGAACCGCUAUAUACCUACUGCAGCUGCUUUCGGUGGCAUGUGCAUUGGCGCACUAACCGUGUUGGCUGAUCUUAUGGGAGCAAUUGGUUCAGGGACCGGGAUUCUGCUUGCCGUCACUAUCAUAUAUCAGUAUUUUGAGACAUUUGAGAAGGAGAAGACCAGCGAGCUUGGUUUCUUUGGUUUCUAAAGGACUGUUUCACUGAGCUACUCUCGACCCAAGUUUCCUUUCUUCCCGAGCUUAGAGAUUGGAAUGGGUGUUACCUUAGCCCAAGCCCAGGUUCCAAAACUAAGAAUUUAGAUUAGUUUGUUGUUAAGGUACAUGUAUUUUGGAAAAUUCGUACGCUCUGGAGUUUCCAGCAGUUUUUGUUUGAUGAUUAUAUGAAAUAGCUUAUGGAGAAGCUCACUAUGUUUCAACAGCAAAUUCGACAUGCACUGACUCGUACCUUUUGAUGCUAUUUAAUUACACUAGUUAUUGUAAAUUUCACUUUAGACAAGUUUGAUGAAUAAGGUGUUGCCCCAUAUUUACUGUU